AUGGCGUCCCAUCAGAUCGCCAUUGCAAAGGCCUCAUUCUCGGCGGGUCUGCUACGCCCGGAUCCGACCUCUGUGCCUCGAGAUGAGAUAACCGCCUUCCAUACCUUACUCGAGCGCGUGCUGUCGCACUGUUCUACAGAAAACAUCCAGACCUGCAAAGCAUGGUUGCUUCAAUAUGUUGCUGCUUCAUCUAACCGUGUUGGGGGAUUGGCCAAGUACCUGGUAGCUCUAGCUACCUCCUUCGAACCACAGCCCGCUCAGCACACCACACCGAAGCGUCGACGACUCCACAUACUCUAUUUGCUCAAUGAUCUGUUUCACCACUGCAAGUACCACCUAGGCUCCACUGCAACCUUCUCCACGGUGAGCGGGUCCUUGCAGCCACAUAUCGUGGACCUCGUUGGCCAUGCCGCCGCCUGCGAUCGCCAGAAGUACCCCCGGCACCACCAGCGGCUAGAUGAUCUGCUUGAUAUCUGGUCCGAGCACGGAUACUUUAAUUCCGAGCUUGUUGAGAAGCUUCGGGAAGUGAUAAUUAACUCGGCCACCUUGGGCGCCCCACCAUCCACUGAUGGUGCCGGCGAAGCAGACCAAGCCAAGAAACCCGGGAAGGAUGUCCCUUUUGUCAUGCCAUCAACCCAUGGAGAUUCAUCGACGCCCUUUUAUGACCUCCCUGCGGGCAACCUCAUCCCGCACAUCAUUCCGAACUCGUCCAUUCCCCUCCGACCCGAUGGUAUCAAACCACUACACCUGCAGGCCGGACCUGCAGAUGGAACACUGGUGAAAGCUCUCAAAGGCUUUUUGUGUCAAGUGGACAAGAUCUAUGGCACGGACGACCUCAUUAAGGAUGACGGAGAUGCGGACAUCGACGAGCUAGGCCAAUCAGUCCUCCGGGAUGAAAUCACAGGAGACAUUUUGGAUGGUGAAACCUAUUAUGGAUGGUCUCGUGCAUUCUGUCAACAGAUGAAGAGGGGAGAGCCCGAGGAUUCUCGCAGUCGAAGCAGAAGUCGUAGUGGGACACGAACUAAUAUCAAGCGCCGGCGCUACAGUGACAGUCGCUCCGAGUCAAGGACACCGAGCCGCUCCCGAUCGCGAUCAGUCAGGCGUCGUCGCUUUGACUCGCGUGAAAGAAGUCGCUCACCAAGACGCUCACGCAGUCGAGAAAGCUCAUACACACCUCACGAACCGUCCCCUUCACAUUUCCCACCCCCUCACCAGCCCCAUCAACCUCAACAACCUCAACACCAUACCGCAUCUAUGAGUUCCUUCCCCCCUCCACAUAAUCCAAGUGGACAUGGUCAAUAUGCCCACCCAUCCAUGGGUCCUAAUAGCGGCUUUGUUCCCCCGCCCCCGCCGAACUACGGUGCCUGGCCUCCACCUCCCCCACACAUGUCGGCCAUGCCCUAUCCCCCACCUGGUUCCGGAGCUCCUCCCUCAGCCUUCCCUCCUCCGUUCAAUGCUCCUCCCCCACAUAUGCCACCAGGACAGGGUCAGCCUAUACCACCUGGUCAUUAUCAUUUCCCUCCACCUUAUUCGGGUGGCCAGCAUGGUGACCCACGGGGUCCUCCUCCCCAAGGUGGACGGGGUUGGCGCUGA